AUGGCUAUUCAGAACGCAGAGCGCGUGUACAUUCUACGAGAUGAACGCCCUCCAUUCGAAGCUGCUGGUGAGUUCGAAUGGAAACAGGGGUGUUGGGAUCCACGUACGGUUGGCUUGUCAAUCGAUGCCACGCCAACGACUGCACGAAGUGUUUUAAGACUAAUUAAAGAAAUGAAAGAGCUUAAAAGAAACCCAGUGAAAUACUGUAGAGCGGCACCGAGAGCCGAUAACAUUCAUGAAUGGACUGCAGUGAUCAAUGGGCCCGAAAAUACCGUUUAUGAAGGUGGUACGUUUUUCGUGCAGAUGUUUGUGCCGCCAACAUACCCUUUCAAUUCACCUAAGGUGCAAUUCUUAACAAGGAUAUAUCACUGCAAUAUCAAUCGACACGGUGUUGUUAAUAUUGGUAUUUUACGUGAUCGAUGGAGUUCCUCAAUGACAAUUGCAAGAAUUUUGCAAGAAAUAGUUGGUCUUCUAUAUGAUUGCAAACCCGAAAAUGCUCUGCUUGAAAAUGUUGCGGAACAGUAUGUGAACAAUCGAAAGGCAUUUGAUGCUAUAGCACGAGUUUGGACACUACGAUUUGCUCACUGA